AAUCCCAUGUCUCGACUGGGAUCCGAACCCAGUACCUACCAGCCUGUAGACCGAUGGCCUGCCACGACGCCACCGAGGCCGGUUUCAGUGACCAAUGCCAGCAGCAUCAUGGACUAUAACUACUAUGACCACCGUGAUAUCGAGAUCACGGCUACCAUACUAUUAACAAACUGUACAGACAUUCAAUAGCUAAACUAUAACCUGUUACUUCUGCCUUUCAGUGACCAACGCAAGCGGCAUCAUGGACUAUGACUACCAUGACCACCAUGAGAUCGAGAUCACAGCUACCAUACUAUUAACAAACUCUACAGACAUUCAAUAGCUAAACUAUAACCUGUUACUUCUGCCUUUCAGUGACUAACGUGAGCGGCAUUGUGGACUAUGACUACCAAUGAGAUCGAGAUCACGGCUACCAUACUAUUAACAACCUGUAUAGACAUUCAGUAGCUAAACUAUAACCUGUUACUUCUGCCUUUCAGUGACCAACGUGAGCGGCAUCAUGGACUAUGACCACCGUAGGAUCGAGAUCACGGCUACCAUACUAUUAACAAAGUGUGCAGACAUUCAAUAGCUAAACUAUAACCUGUUACUUCGGCCUUUCAGUGACCAACGUGAGCGGCAACAUGGACCAUGACUACCAUGACCACCGUGAGAUUGAGAUCACAGCUACCAUACUAUUAACAAACUCUACAGACAUUCAAUAGCUGAACUAUAACCUGUUACUUCUGCCUUUCAGUGACCAACGCGAGCGGCAUUAUGGACUAUGACCACCAUGAGAUCGAGAACACAGCUACCAUACUAUUAACAACCUGUAUAGACAUUCAAUAGCUGAACUAUAACCUGUUACUUCUGCCUUUCAGUGACCAACGCAAGCGGCAUCAUGGACUAUGACCACUGUGAGAUCGAGAACACAGCUACCAUAUUAUUAACAACCUGUAUAGACAUUCAAUAGCUGAACUAUAACCUGUUACUUCUGCCUUUCAGUGACCAACGCAAGCGGCAUCAUGGACUACGACUACUUUGGUCCCGAGUGUAACGGUGGGCUGUACGACGAGCAUGAGCUGGAGAUCACGACUGCGAUCCAGACGUACGUGUACCCGUUCAUCCUACUGCUGGGCACGGUAGGCAACGUGGCGUCACUGUGGCCGCUGUACCAGCUGAGCGUGGACGUAUGGUCGACGUGUCUCUACCUCGUGGUGCUCUGCACCGUCGACCUGCUCGUGCUGUAUGUCAAGUGUGGCAACACCUGGUUCGAGCGGGUCACUGGUAACAACCUCAACCUCAAGCUGGUCAUUAUGUCCGAAGCCGUCUGUAAGGUGUACCUCUUCGCGUUCCAGUUCAUCGUGCACUUCGGUGCGUGGGUCGUGGUGGCAGCCGCCAUCGAGACGCUGGUGUUGGCGCGCUUCCCACACCUUGCCUACCGGAUGUGCACGACAGAGCGCGCCAAGGCCGUGAUGCUGUUUGUCACCGUGCUCCUCGUCUGCCUCAACAUGCACUACUUCUGGACGUACGGCCUGCUGCGCUACGCCAUCAGCCCCACCGAGGUCUUCUAUGUCUGCACGUACAUCGAGGACUUCUCAGAGUUCUUCCGCGACCAGAUCUGGCCCUUCCUGAACCUGUCCGUGGGAGACAUCGUGCCCAUGUUGGUCGUGGCUGUGUGCUUCUUCUGCUCAAUCACUACAUACUUUAGGAGCAAGAAGGCGUUCUCCGUCACGAAACCCAUGCUGGAGAAGUACUUCCUCGACUUAAAGACACUGCAGGAGCUCAAAGUGACAAUGACCGUGAUCUGCCUUAACUUCAUAAUAAUCGCCACCUUGAACAUACUCCUGCAGAUUGUCGAGUACUUAAUAAACAACCAAGUCAUUAAAAUCCCAUGCUUGAUGCAGUGGAAGGUCGAUGGAGUCAUGACACUAAUCCGCACUGUGUGGGAGACCUAUUUCUUCCUUUUCCUGGCAGCGAAGUGUCUGAUCUACCUCUGUACGUGCACACGGUUCAGAAAGGAGCUGUGGCAAAGCACUAAAAAUAUACUGAUGUUCAAGUCGUGUCGCAGGAGAGACAAGGUUGUGAACACAAACACGAACAACAGUGAUACGUGUACGGGUUCUCCGUCGAAACCGAUCACGUCGGUUUCUAACAUAAGUGGUACACAAGACAAACACAACGAGGAAAGCAAAUCAACUGAUGUCUGACCAUCGAUGUGAAAACGAAAACCGUGACAAAAUCAUGUGACCUUCCACAGGGCUAGCUCUGGCACUCGCCAUAUUCGCCAGUUGCCAAUUUGGCAAAAUAAUUUUAAGUAAUAAUUGAUAUUUUGUUACAAAAUAACUGGAUUUCUGCAAUUU